AUGACAUCCCCUGGUAACACCGAUGCUAUUAAUAGCACAUGUAGUAAGAGUGCCAGCAGUACUAUAAUGACUGACGAUGAGUUUGAAAGUUGGAUGCUUGCAGAGUUUGUCAAGCCCCACGGGAAUGCUAGUCUCUACCAGGAGUACAGGGAGAUUUUCCACUUGGCCGCCUCUGCCGUUAGAAAGUGGAGACAACGCUUUCAUGGAGAUCCAUCUGUGUGGAAACGGCUAUUUGAUAAAGACAGAGUCACCAAGGAAUUCAUUGAAGCCAUUCCCAUCAUUCAAGCUGUCUUUACUUUCUUUGCAAGCAAUGACAAUGACAGCAAUGACAAUGACACUGCUAGCUAUACAGUGGUGGACCUGGCUUCAGGAAAAGGCUACCUGUCCAUGCUCUUGGCGGAACUACUCCCUCCCUCCAAAGUACAACGGUUUGUCCUCAUGGACAAGGCAUGGCCCACCUACGAUCAGGAACCACAAAAACAUCACAUGUCCAAGGCGCACAUCGCUGGAGAUUACCAGGACAAGUGGCCCAUUCCAUUGGUCACGUCCAAACAAGAUUUCAAAAAGUCUCGACAACGAACGCUCCUCCAAGAUCGAUUCUUUUCUCAAGGUCCUGUCAUUCUGCUAGCUGUGCAUUUAUGUGGAACACUCUCCCUCAAAGCCGUCGAUUUCUUCAAUCACAAUACAAACAUUGUUUUCUUUGCCUUGAAACCAUGCUGUUUGCCAGGAAUCAUUCAUGCCAAACGAAAAGAAGUCUUCCAAUUUAGGCACACUUGUACGAAAGACAAUGCAACUGAUAGUACAGAACCCCUACGAUGCUACCAUUCCUUUGAAGCGGCCACCGUCUGCAUGCACGGAAAAUGGAAUAAAAAUGUUUGGAAAGGACCCCACAGGUCCACUCUCACGGCCUAUUUUGAAACGUGGGCGGACAAUCUGUAUUUGGGCAUUGCCACGGAACAGCAUGAUACUGAUACUAUUGACACUCCCAACCAAAGGAAGGACACUGAUGAUAAUCCGCCAAAUAAACCCAAGUAUCGAACGCAAACGGGGACCAUGGCUCACAAAUUGCAAAAAACCGUGGCAGUGCAAACGGAAGGAGGAUAUCAAAACGAAUUUCUGUUUGCGCAACGAUGUCCCGUUACGCCGUCGGUUUGGGAACAGCUAUUACUCCAAGACGAAGAAGCUUCUCGACUAUCGAUAGUAAACGAGGAUGAAGAGGAAGCGAAAAUUAAAUAA